CGCAAAUCCGGCUCCUCAUUUCAGCAUUUACCGCUUCCUGCAGUGUGUCGAUUGAAAACGGCCACCUUCGCUCUGCGCGGUACAUACAUCAACAGGAUUACAGGCCAACAGGAUAAGGAUGUUACGUACACUUCCGCUGCUGUUUGCAGUGUUAAGCGCGUCGACCAGCGCCUCCGUGGAUGUGAGCAUAUGUCGCGACGCCACGUUCAGCCUUUCGAUCGAUGCAUCGACGCUGUGCGCGGGCUCUGGCUCCGUGCCCGCAGGCUUUAGCUGCCCCAAGGCGGGUGACGUGGCCGUGGCUGACUGCCACUCGUACCUCCCGUCGUUCUUGGAUGGAAGCUGCGUCGCCCCUGAGGACGCUGUGUGCCAACUCGUGAACGGCGACACGUGGGGCUGCGUAUUGCCCACUGUGGGCUGUGACGGUGUCGUGGAGUUCGAGCCCAAAUGCGAGACCUGGGAAUACGAUGGAAACGACACCGUGGACCUGGACGGCUCUGGAUCGUUCGACGGAAACGAGGACUACGACGAGAGCUGGUUCGUACAGACCACCGAGCUGCGCGACCUUUACAACUGUGGAGAGAGACCCACACCAGCACCCACGACGCCACAGGACGCAGAGGUCGGAGACGACGACACUGAGGUGGGCGACGAUGACGGCACCACUUCGGACUCUUCGCCGGUCCAGCUCUCGGCUGGUGACGUUACGGGCACGGGGGGAAUCAGUGCUGCUGCUAUCGCCGGUGUGGCAGCAGCGGCCGCCGUCGUUGCGGUAGCUGCAAUUGCCGCUGUGUACGCCAGGAAGAAACGCAUGGCAAACCAGCAGGGUGACGCUGUGGCACGUCAACGCAGCGGAAGCCUCGAGUACGAGAUGGUUUUGACGCCACCCAAUGCGAUCACGACGCCGGUCAUGAUUACGUCCCCCAGAAGUUAA